UGCUCGCCUCGGAGCCCUGCUGCUGCUCUUGUGUGGUACGAGGCGAGAAACUGUGGACGAGUAGUGAAACGUGCGCGCCAAGCCAAUGCACUGCUCGCUCCCGCGCGUCGACGCGUCGCUCAUCACAGCGGAGGCAUUCUACGAGGACCACGUUGCCACCUCCACGCCAUUGCUCAUCUGCGAUGAUCGGCUUCGCAGACUGAAGAACCUCUGGACAGACGAGCUUCUCGAAGCGCGGUUCGGAUCUGUGCUGCACGACGAAGUCCGCGAAGCGAUCAACGGCGUCGACUUCCCGCUAACCAAGGUCGCAGGCGAUCGCAGCAGCUCAAUGCAUGUGCGCGACUUUCUCGCCGCGUACCAGAGCAACCGGUCGACGGCGCGGCUGUACGCGACUAACCUCGUGCUCCCUGCGCUGGGUGAGGACUACCCGGUGCCAGCGUUUGCCUCGCUGCUGCAGCACAAAUGCGCCGGGCGCUGGUGUGGUGGCUUGUGGCUGGGCGCGGGCGCAGCCCGUUCGCCGCUACACCGCGAUUUCUCCGAGAACGUGCACGGUGUGAUCGAGGGCGCAAAGCAUUUCGUUCUCUUCGCGCCAAACGAGUCGGCCGCCCUCUAUCCGAAGCCGGAGAGGGCCAACCUCCUCGGGCACACAACGCGGUUGCCGCGGGGAGCGCGCACGUGCUCAACGCUAGAGGCGGACGACGGCAGCGCGAGUGGCGAGACCGCCUGCCCACGAGACUUUGCGAGGUUCGGCGGCGCGCUGGAGCGGGCGACCGUGUGCCGCGUGGAAGAGGGCGAGCUCCUCUACGUUCCAUCUGGCUGGUGGCACGAGGUUUUCAGCGAGGGCGGGAGUGGCGAGGGCGGCGGGGUCGGCGGGAGCUGCGUCGAGGGGUCGGCAGGAGCAGCGUCUCUGAGGCCGACAUCUUCCUCUUAUGCGUGCGGUGCCGCGGCGUCCUCGCCGACGAGCGGCGGCUCAACGUCGGCCUCACGCGGUGCGACGGCGGCCUCUGGACGGCGGACGCUAUCGAUCAACUUUUGGUUUGUUGCCGAGUGGCCCAGCUCGACUCUUCGCUUGGCUGCGAGCGAGGCGGAAACGCUCGACUCGCGCCGUGGAGCAGCUGUUCUGCUAGAGCUUGGGCGAGAUCUGGCGCAGCGAGGACGGGUGCACCAGGCAGAGCCGCUACUGCGCCGCUCGCUCGAACUGCACGCCGACGACAGCGCCUCAGCGGAGCUCGAUUCGCUGCGGCGUGUCUUUGGAGGUGGCCGGAGAUUGCCGUUGUGACGCUGCAUGCCCCCGGAUGUCCCGGGCGGUUUUUUUGCUCUCGAGCUUUUGAGCAGGGGAGACAAUGUGUGUGUAUAGAGAUAACGCGCGUCCGCGGCCUCUAACCCGCGAGAUUAUGUGAGCACAAUAGGCAUGCAAUCGGAUAC